AUGGACUCGAUGUUGGGUUUGGGUAGUUUAUCUUUUGAAUCUGGUCUGACUGAUGACGAGAAAAAGCUCCUUUACCUUCGCGCUCGUGCGACCGGACUGACAUUUUGCGGGUGCGCGCACGCGGCUUUCGUGUGUGAACUGAUCCACUCGCUCAGAUGUAACAUCAGGGGUCACACAGCUGUCACAGGCGCACCGGCAGAUGAUGCUGACCUCUCUGUGGGCGUGCUGGGUAUGGGUCACUUGGGAAAACAGCUGCUUCUUGGACUCCUUGAAAACACCAGCAUCAAACCACCGCAGAUUAAGGUCUCCACCAGAAACCCAGAAUCAGCAGCUGAACACCUUCCCAAAGGAGUGGAGUGUUUCUUCAACAAUGGCCGACUGGCAGCACGGGCAGACAUUCUGUUCCUCUGCUGUCUGCCCUCUCAUCUCCCCAAAGUCUGCGCCGACCUCCGGUCUCAUCUGUCCAAACGCUGUCUGGUGUACAGCUUCGCCUCGGCUGUGCCUGUCAGCAGGCUGGCUGAACUUCUUGGGCAUGACUUCAUCGUGAAACCACAGUAUGAAUUUCCCACCUGCGACUCUGGGGAUGUGUGGCUGUCCUGCCCCCGUCUGGGGUCGGCUUGGAAAGAUCCUUUGCUGAUAGAAGCUUCAUGUCCUCUUACAACAAAGGGUGGGAUUACUCUGGGUCUGAGCUGGGUGUGUGCUGUGCUGUACAGCCUGCUGAAUGUAUGCACCUCUGCUGGUCUUGGAUCCAGUCUGGCUCUGUCUCUGAUCAACAACAUGUUUCAAGAUAAAUGGACAAACAGCGUGCAGUUGAACGUAAAGAGCUUCAUCAGUUCAGCCUGUGCAGCUGUCCUGCUUUCAGAUGCGUCUUUUCCAUGGAUUCCACUCACAGAUGCCCAAACCAGAGACACACCAUUGCUGCGCUUUCUGUCCAGCAGCAGGCCCAUGCAGCAAGGCAUCGCCGCAGUUUAUAAAUCCCAUAUGGAGAGAGGCCUAAAAAGAGACUUUUCCCCAUCAUAA